AUGUCAAUCGAAGAAAUCCCACAAGGUGCUGACGUCAACGUCAUUCCAAAGAACGAAAAGAAAGCCAGAGAAUUGAUCAAGAAAUUGAACUUGAAACAAAUCAAAGGUAUUUCCAGAGUUACUUUCAAACAAAAGGGUAACUUGAUCUACGCCAUUGACUCCCCAGAUGUCUACAGAUCUGCUGCUGGUACUUACGUUGUCUUUGGUGAAGCUAAAGUUGAUGACAUGAACCAAAGAAUUGCUGAAGCUCAAGCUCAACAAGCUCAACAAGAAGCUUUGCAAAAAGCUGCUGCUGACGCUGGUAACACUGAAGACAAAUCUCCAGAAGCUAUCACUGCUGACUUGGAAAAGGCUUCCUUAGACGAUAAACCAGCUGCUGAAGAAGAUGAUGAAGAAGGUGAAGUUGAUGAAUCCGGUUUAGAUCCAAAAGACAUUGAAAUUGUUGUUGAACAAACUCAAGUCUCUAGAGCUAAAGCUGUUAAAGCUUUAAGAAAGCACGACGGUGACAUGGUUAAUGCUAUCAUGGACUUGUCUUAG